AAAAUAUUUCCACACAGAGAAUUAGUUCCUGCAAAAUUAAAAGUUCUUGAUAGAUAACAGUACCUUUACAAGAAAAAAGAGAUUACAGGGAAAUCAUCAGAAGUAAAAAAAACAUGGAUCCAACAAGACACAUUAUUUUUCUGUUCAUCCUCUUCCUAGCGACAGAAGCUGAUACAGCCAGAAUCUUGGGUAUCUUUCCAUUGUCGUUUAAGAGUCACAACAUUUUUUUCCAAGCAUUAAUGAAGGGUUUGGCGAAGCAAGGGCAUCAAGUUGACAUUAUUUCACACCACGAGCUUCCAAACCCUCCGAAAAAUUACGAAACCAUUAUUAAUUUGGCAACGCUAAGUCGUUCUGAUGCUAGUACUCAAUUUAGAUCUAUUCAAGAAGCCAUCGCUGUUUUUGAAAACCCUGCAAAACUGGUAGAAAAUUUAUAUGGGCUUGAAAUUUGUGACAUUAUGAGACAUGAGAAAAUACAAAAAUUUAUUAAAAAUCCACCAAAAGAUCCAGGCUAUGAUCUCAUAAUCACAGAGGGCCUCACUAUGAGUUGUUACUAUGGUCUAGGAGCGAUUUUCAAAGUACCUGUAGUGACUGCCACAGCCUGUUUGGAACUUCCUUGGAUUUCUUACAAUAUUGGAAAUCCUUUAUCAACAGCCUUUUAUCCCACUAUCCGAAUUAAGAAAUCGCAGAUUAAAAAUUUCUGGGAUCGUUUACAAAAUACCAUUAGAGCAAAACUUGAUAUCUACAGAUUCUUCGCUCUGACUGAAAAUCAGUCGAAAGCGAUGAAAAAAUAUUUAGGUCCUAAUGUUCCAAAUGUUAGAGAAGUUGAAAAAAUGAUUGCCUUGAGUAUAGUCAAUACACAUCACUCAAUUCAGGGAAUAAGACCGACGGUACCAGCUUUCGUUGAAGUGGCAGGGAUACAUAUAGAGGAAGAUGAAUCCAACUUCACUAGAGAGCUGAAAGAGUGGAUGGAUGACAGUAAGACUGGAGUUGUCUAUGUCUCACUUGGAAGUACAGUUCCUAUAGAAACACUGCCAAAAGAGCAAUUGCAAUCAAUUUAUUCCUCAUUUGCAAAACUGGCACCAAUCAGGGUUUUACUUAAAGCUACCGAUCAAGCUAAAUUGGCACCUAAUCUUUCAGAGAAUGUCCUCACUAUGACGUGGAUUCCACAAAUUCCUGUCCUAAGGCACAAUAACACGAAAGCAUUUAUCUCACAUGGAGGUCUUCACAGUGUUCAGGAAGCCAUUUAUUAUGCUGUUCCCAUAAUUGGUAUUCCAUUAUUUAUGGAUCAACAACAAAAUGUUGAAAUUUUAGUCAAUAAAGGAAUGGGAAUUCAACUUAAUCAUAUUGAAAUCUCUGAGAAAUCUCUGGAUGAGGCUCUGAUGAAAAUAUUAAAAGAUCCUAAGUACAGAAAAGCGGCAAAAUAUCAUUCAAGCAUUUUUCGAGACAGGCCGAUGAGUCCAUUGAAAACGGCUAUCUUUUGGAUAGAAUAUGUGAUAAGGAAUGGCCCGGAUUCUUUAAAAUCACCGGCUUUGAAUCUCUUCUGGUGGCAACAGGAAUUGCUGGAUGUGUGUAUUGCUGUACAAUACUGAUAUCAUGCUGGAUUACAACUAAAUUUCUCCGCAGUCUCCUGCAUUACUCAGAUUAAACUUGCUUACGAAUGGCUUAUAUUAAAUUAAAAAUUACAAGUGCAUUGAUACAUAAUACUGGUAUCAAUUCCGAUUGCAAGUGUAUUUCUCUGAAUUACCCCGAAUUACUUGGAUUACUCUGGAUAACCAAUAGAUUACUUUGCAUUGAAGGAUUACUUCAGAUUACAAGUGUAUUACUACUGAUAACAGAUUUGUAUUGCUGCAGAAUACUGGAAUCACUCUGGAUUGCAAGAAAAUUUCUCCUAUUUACCUUCGAUUACUUAGACUGCUCUAGAUUACCAGUAAAUUACUUUAGAUUAGAAGUAGAUUAAUCUAUAUUGCAAGUAGAUUACUUCAGAUUAGAAGUGAAUUACUCUGGAUUACAACAGAAGUACUCUAUAUGUUAAGUCUAUUAUUUCGGAUUACAAGUUCAUUGCUUCAUGAAACUGGUAUGAAUCCCGAUUACAAGUGUAUUUCUUGAAAUUACUCUAGAUUACUCAGAUUACCAUUGGAUUAUUUUGCAUUGGAGGUAAUUUAUAUUUCAAGUGUAUUACUACAGACUAAAAGUGCAUUUCUAUACAAUACUACUAUCACUCUGGAUUCCAAGUGAAUUUCUCCUAUUAAUUAUGGACUAUUAAGAUUCCACUGGAUUACCAGUGGAUUACAUUAGAUUAGAAGUCACUCAAAUCGGAUUACAAGUGUAUUGCUCCAUAAUAGUGACAUCACUCCAGAUUACAACUGUAUAUCUCUUAAUUACCCUGGGUUACUCAGGUCACACUGGAUUACCAGUGAAUUACCAGUGGAUUACAUUGCAUUAUAAGUAGAUUACUCUAUAUUCCAAAGAGAUUACUUCAGGUUACAAGUGCCUUAUUCCAGAUUAUAAAAAAAUUACUUUAGAUUACAACUGUAUUACUACAUAUUACAAGUGUAUUUCUACACAAUACUGUUAUCAUUUUGGAUUACAAGUGAAUUUCUCCUAUUACCCAUGGAUUACUCAGAUUGAACGGGAUUACCAGUGGAUUACUUCAGAUUAGAAGUAGGUGCAGAUGGAUUCCUUUCCAAAUUCCCUCCCAACCACAUUAUUUUAUCAAUGAAGGAUGGAUGUACUUUUCGUAGAGAAAUCAGUGAUCUCCGUUCGGUAGACGAUCUACCCGAGUGGCUAAAUCAUAAUCAAGUAAACCAAGCAACUCCUACCAACCACGGAUUUUAUAUACCAUUUGAGUACCACAAACAUAAUGGUAUUUUCGUCGACCCGCCAGCUCACAUGUCCCCUCAUGUUCCUCUGAAUCAUAGUCCAUGGAGCGUUCAGAUACACCUAGGGUUCGUACGACCUGAAAUGAGAAGCGAAUUUUAUAUGGCUCGCGAUUUCGAUUCGAACAGUCCAAAGUCAAAAGUUCACAAAAAGUGGUAUCCAGGAAGAAUGCCAGGAACAUCAGGCUGUUGGCCAGCCAACGACUUCAUAUAUGUAACAGUGCCACAUGGCCGGAAGUAUAGGUCACCUUUAAUAUCCCUAAAUGUUAAUCAGAAUGACAAAAAUCUUAACAAUGCAUUUCCUGGAAAACUCAAAAGAGAACAUGAGCCAGAUACAUCUAGUCCUCAUCCGCAACAUGGAUCAUCAUCCAAAUCAUCCAAAUUAUUAGAGUACAUUUAUUCCCAUAAAAGGAAUAGACGAU